GCUUCCUCUGGUGCAUCUGCACUCAAAUACGCCGACUCAUCGUUCUACAAGUCUACAAGACUUGGUCUCUCUACAAAACUAAAAUACCCUGAAAACCUCUCAGAAGCAGUGCUGCCCGCGAUACACGUUUGCACCGCCUCGCUCGUCGAAGCACCCGAGCGCAGUCGGAGUCAAACCUCGCGUGGACACACCGAUCUCAGCCGGUGUAGUCGAACGGUUGAUUUUCAGGGCAGCGGAUGCUAAUUAUUCCUCUGGUCGCAUGACGAAGGGUGAUGUCAAGCAACGAUAGACUCCGCGCGCCCCACAGCGAUCGUCCAGCUGUCGCUUGCUGGAUGGUCCUCCGAUUUCUACGCAAUCAGCGAUUGAGUGACCCGUCCAGCAGGUGCUCGAGCUAGACUCAUGCGUGCAGUUCACAUGCGACCGGAAAGUUGGCCAACUGCACAGAUAUCAAACCCACUUUGCCCCCGCCACAGUCCUCGGGAUUGGCUAGGAUUCACAAUGAGUCUACGGAAGCAAAUCUAAACGUUACCUCCUUCAGCCCACCAACACAGUCAAAUAUUCUCAAAUAAUACCUGAUUCGUGCAGCUGCUUCCGCGCAAUGGUUCAUCGCCCGAUCGCAGCCCCGUAAAUUGCGAGCCUGCGUCCUUGGAGUGUCCUACUUUGGUCUUCCGCCAUAGUGAGGCCUGCGGAACGAAACAUUUGGGAGUUGCAAAACAGCUCUAGAAAGGUAUAUAAUGACCUUAAAGUCGGUGCGAUGGUCUUCCACUGUAUUCACUUACUUUCAUAAUGCGUCCGUCUCUUUUCAUCAUUGCACUAGUCGCGACCUUCGCUACUGUGGCAUUCGCAGGCCCUGUACCAGCGUCCUUGGCAGCAGCAGCUCGCGCGGCCGCUGCGAAGGCUGCCGCUGGAUCGCACUUCUCUCAUCCCACAAACUCCUCCAACGGCUCCUUCAUCAACCACAGUAAUUAUCCUGACGCGUCCACCGGAAACGCUGGAAACGCCAAUGGUAGAUCCGUGUAUCGGACUGGCGAUCCGCUAGGCAGCAAUGGCACCGGUGCCGGCGAUAACGGCGGCACGUCAGAGUCUCUACCUGCUAUCGCCGGCCCAGGUGGCAACGCGAGGUCAGGCAGCGCGGGCACAGCCAACGGCGACAGUAUCAUGACCGGCGGGUCUUCAAAUUCGAACACCAACGGCGCUGAUCGUGCUGGGAAUGGUGGAACGAGUACAUCCGCCAACGCUGUCGGCGGUGAUGCUCCUCGCCGAGUGCAUCGGCGUCAAGAUGGAGGCGAUGCGUUUACAGGCGGCUCGGGCGAUGCGAGCGGCGGUUCGGUGACGAACGAAGGAUCGGCCGCGGGCACCGUCUCGAACGACGGAGCAUCAACCAUUGGCGGCACAGGCGGUGCGUCAACAUCGGGUGACGCCUCCGGGGGUGCUGGAAACGGCGAUGGAUCAGGUGGUAACGCAGGCACUGGCGACUCUGGUGAUGCUCUUGGGGGCCCAGUGUCGAACUUUGCGGGCACGGUGACGAACGGCGGUGGUUCGAGUGUCGGUGGUACUGGGGGUACAAGCACAUCCGGAAAUGCUCAGGGUGGGCCCGGUGCCAAUGGUUUUGCCGGGUUCGAUUCGUUCUCUGGAUACGAUUAGCGGGCUUUGUGCUGUCUAUGUAAGGAUGCUUAGUCUAGUGGAUCUUUUUCUUACGCUCACAUGGUACGAAAUCAAAUAUAGCACUGCGCACUAUGUUUCUUCACACUCUUCUAAAACAUCCGAAUGAGAGCACGCUCCCAGCGGACGGUCUCUUGCAAUGAAC